AAAUUCCAGAUGAAAAUGGCAAAACCCAGCGAGCUGACAGUCUUAUUAUGAAGAAGAUAAAGAAAAAAAAGAAAAAGAAACACCGGGAAGAUAUGAGGGGGAAACGCCUGAAGAUGUACAACAAAGAGGUGCAGACGGUGUGCGCUGGACUCACUCGCAUUGACAAAGCGGCUCUGUCUCAAGGACAGUGCGAGACCUUGGAAAUGAGCAAGGAAUCCUUCAGGUAUCUGAAGGAUGAGCAGCUCUGCAGACUGAACCUGGGCAUGCAGGAGUAUCGGAUACCCCAGGGAGUACAAACGCCGUUUGUGACACACCAGGAGCACUCCGUUCGCAGCAGCUUCCUGAAAACUGGCACUAAAUUUAGUAACUUCAUUCAUGAGGAGCAUCAGUCCAACGGCGGUGCUCUGGUCCUUCAUGCGUACAUGGAUGAACUCUCAUUUUUGUCUCCAGUGGAGAUGGAGAGAUUUGCAGAGGAGUUUCUCGCGCUGUCGUUCAGUGAAAAUGAUAAAAACGCCGCUUACUAUGCUUUAGCCAUAGUACAUGGAGCAGCUGCUUACUUACCAGACUUCCUGGAUUACUUUGCUUUUAACUUUCCUAACACUCCAGUGAAAAUGGAAAUUUUGGGCAAGAAGGACAUUGAAACGACAACAAUUUCAAAUUUUCACUCUCAGGUCAAUCGAACGUACUGCUGUGGAACCUACAGAGCAGGACCCAUGCGACAGAUCAGCCUUGUUGGAGCAGUGGAUGAAGAAGUUGGGGACUACUUCCCAGAAUUUCUAGAUAUGUUGGAAGAAUCUCCAUUUCUCAGAAUGACUUUGCCCUGGGGUACUCUUUCCAGUCUCAGACUUCAGUGCAGGUCACAAAGUGAUGAUGGUCCCAUCAUGUGGGUGAGACCAGGAGAGCAGAUGAUCCCAACAGCUGAUAUGCCAAAAUCGCCGUUCAAACGGCGCCGAUCCAUGAACGAAAUAAAGAAUCUCCAGUACCUACCUCGGACCAGCGAGCCCCGUGAGGUCCUGUUUGAAGACAGGACGAGAGCUCACGCUGAUCACGUGGGCCAGGGCUUUGACUGGCAGAGUACAGCUGCCGUGGGCGUGCUGAAGGCCGUGCAGUUUGGGGAAUGGAGUGACCAGCCUCGUAUAACCAAAGAUGUGGUUUGUUUUCAUGCUGAAGAUUUCACUGAUGUUGUGCAGAGACUUCAGCUGGACCUGCAUGAACCUCCAGUGUCACAGUGUGUUCAAUGGGUGGAUGAAGCCAAACUAAACCAAAUGAGACGGGAAGGCAUUCGCUAUGCUAGAAUUCAGUUGUGUGACAAUGACAUCUACUUCAUCCCUAGAAAUGUCAUUCAUCAGUUCAAAACAGUGUCAGCAGUCUGCAGCUUAGCCUGGCACAUAAGACUUAAACAAUACCACCCUGUGGGGGAGACUUCUCAAAAUGCAGAAAGCAAUUCAAGCUUGAACAGUAGCGUUCCUGGAAAGACAGAGGCAGAAGGCGAACCCCAAUGUGCAAGUGUAAAAAUAGAGUCUGAAGAACCAGGUAUAGAAAUGCAGCUUACGACAGGGGUGCUCUCCUCCUCUGUUUCUUCAAUAUCAGGACUUGUGCAACCAGAUCAGGUGGCCCAGCCCCUUCCAGGUUUUAAAGUAGAGUCUGAUCAGCAACACAAACCACAGGAUCAUGCAGGCUCUGCUGUGUGAUAUGUAUAUAGUCAAACAUUUUUUAACAACUUUUUAAAAUUUUGAUGUGAAGUUAUAGUUUUAUAACUGGCUUAUGUUUUAUUGGAGAAAUCUUGCCUAUAAUUCUAUAAAGAGAGGUGACAUUCCAAAAUGUCAAGCAUAUCUUUUUUACACAGAUUAUGCAAAAUUCAAGUUGUAUUUUAACCCCUUAGUACAACCUGUAACAGUGGUCUACCACUUCUUUCUGUUUAAGUAAAGAGGUAUUGAAUAUCUCCUCAAAGUCAGAAUGGAAUUCCUCCAGGAACAUGAAAUGAUUGAACUGUAUUGGUCAGUGUUAUUUCCCUACUUUUACUUUUAUCUCUGAUCUUCACCAGAAAGUGAUGCUUUUGUAGGCUUGUAAAGUGACUUUUCCCAUCUCAUUUUAAUUGCUUAAAAAAAAAAGCA